AUGGAGGAGGAAGUUGACAAACAGAGUAAGGUCGCCGAGAAUGAACGCGCCAAACGCAUAGACGCCACGCGGACUCUCAAAGCUUCCGAGGACGACCUUGCAAAGGCUAAGGAGGCCUUAAAGGAGGCUAUCCGAGAGAGGGAUAAUGCCUCGGCAGGUUUAAAUGGCGCCCAAAGACAAGCUGAGAAACAGACAAAUCGUCUACUCGAAGCCGAGGAUCAGUUGCAGAUAGCCAAGGAACAGAUCAGUGAUUUGAAGAAAAAACUAAUCCUGGCAAAAAAUGCAAAGGGUGUGGUGGAGUUUGUCCAGGACGAAGCCGUGAGGGCCAAGCAAGAGGCUGAGUUUGCCAGAAAUGAGGCCGAAGCUGCUAGGGAUAAGGCCGAGGAUGAGGGUUACAAUACGGGGGUAGCUGAAACCCAAGCCUCCCUUAAAGCCCAAAUUCCCGGAGUGUGCAGGCUAUACUGCUCCCAGGUUUGGGAAGAGGCCUUAAAACGGGCUGGGGUGGGUGCGUCGUCUGAUUUGUGGAAGGCAGAGAGCAUAUUUUACCCUCCUGCCAUCCGUGAGGCCGCCUCCGCCAGCUCCGAGGCUGUGAGUGAUCAACACGAGGCAGAGGUUACUCAGUCAGAGGCUGCACAGAUCAGCAUCCCUUCUGGUGAGUCGCUUGAAGGGGAAGAGCCUCAUAAUGCGAUAGAAGCACCUGGAGGUAUUAAUCCCGAGAUGCCCAAGGAGGUUGCCGAGCCUGUGGUUGGAGCUCAGACUCCUGUUGCCGAUGAGCCAGCCAUUCUUGCUCAGCCCCUACAGGCAAUUCCCCUCACUGAGGUCCCCAAGAGCAUUGAAACCGAUCCUGCUCAGCCUUCCCCAGAAGGGACUUUCCUCCAGGGCGUCGAAGCUAGCCCUGUUCUGCCUUCCCAGGAUGUGGCCGACACAGAAUUGAAGAAGUAG